AGACAGGGAGGGACCGAGAAGUUUCUAGAGCUGCUGCCGCAAAGCGCCCGGCCGUGCCAGGGGCCGGGGUGAAAGUGUGCAUCGCCCCCGGGGGCGGAGAGGACGGCGGGGGUAAGGCAGCCGCCUGGCCGCGUUAUACUCCGGGGUGGCGGGGGCGAAGGAGAAGAGAAGGAGGAAAAAGAAGAGCAGCUUAUUCGUGAGAGGAGGGAGGGCGCGCUUUUACGGCGCCGAGCUCGCAGGGCAGGUGCGCCCACCUCUCGCUGGUGAUGCAGGAUUCCCGGCCUGGCAGCGAGGAGGAGCUGCUGCGUCCUGCCCUGGGGAAGCUUUGUUAUAAGCUGCGCUGAAAAUAAAAGUAACUUGUCUGGCCCCUCAGUUUGAGCAGCCCUGUGCAGAUGCAUGGGUUAUAUUCUUUUUGCCCACCACAUGGUACUAGAUGGUCCCGGGAAAGAUGGUACAAGUGGGCACAGAAGCACCGUGCUGACGGCGAGCAUGCAGCCCGAGGAGCUCGGACAUCCCUUGAUCGGAGUCCCCUUGGGAGCCGUGUGCUUGAAAGCCAUUUGUUACCCAGGACCAGGAAAGACAGGAGUGUCCUGGAGAUGAAACCCUGUGCCACCUACGAGCGGUUAGUGGAUGGUGUUGGGCCAUGGGACUUCACUGGAGGUUUUGUUCCCUGUGAGCUGCUCCUUGUUGGAGAGGACGCCUACCCUGUGCUCCUGAGCGCUAAGAAGCAGGUCCUGAUUGCAGUGUCACAGUACGGGAAGGGCCGGAUGGUGGUCGUUUCCCAUGAAGGAAUCCUGAAGAGCCCCAAGUUCUCCCAGUUCCUCAGAAAUGCCAUGGGGUGGCUCAAGCCUUGCCCUGAGGCCCUGGUUGGGGUUCAUCCUCAGUUGGAUUCCCUGUGCCAGGUGCUGCUUGAGGCUGGCACCCGAGUGCAGGUGGGGGCCGAGCCCAGCCCGUCCCUGGGGGUGUUCUGUAUGGAUGCCUAUGACAGCUCCCAGGCCAAAGGCAUCGUGGACUUUGUCAAAGGGGGUGGAGGGCUGCUUGUUGGAGGCCAAGCCUGGUACUGGGCAAGUCAACAUGGCAAAGAGAAGGUGCUGUUCGAAUUUCCUGGGAACCAGGUGACCAGCGUGGCUGGCGUGUACUUCACGGGAAACGCCGUGGAAAAAGGAGUCUUCAAAGUUGCCAAGAAGAUUCCCAAGAUCCCAUUAGUUGUCCCGCACCAGGCCAACCUGAGCCUUGACGCUGAGUUUCUCCUGCACGGUGUGUCAGAGCUGGAUUUGGUGACAGGGGGCAUACCCUCCACCCUGCUGGUGCACGGAGCCCUCUCCUUCCCACUGUGCCUGGACAGCUCCCAGCGUUGCCUCUUGGCUGCUGCACGCUACGGCCGCGGCCGAGUGGUGGUGGCCACCCAUGAGAGCCAACUGUUGUCCCCAAAGCUGGCCACAUUCCUGCUCAAUGCUGUCUCCUGGCUGGAUGCUGGGAGGAAGGGGCUGGUGGGGGUGGAUCCCAGCCUGAAGAAGCUGUGUAGCCUGCUGUCUCAGGCAGAGGUGAAGUCGCAGGUGUCACAGCUGGCAGGUGACAUCAGCGUGUACUGCUGCACUUCUUACGGUGCCGGAGAAGCUGAGAGGAUCCACACCUUCGUGGCAGAAGGAGGUGGCCUGCUGGUGGGGGGCCAGGCCUGGUACUGGGCUUCCCAGAACUCUGGCAAAGCCGCUGUGGCAAAAUAUCCUGGCAACAGGAUCCUGAACCGCUUUGGGCUGAGCAUCCUGGGGCAAAGUGGCCAGGCAGCCAAGUACCUGCCUGUGGGGCCGGGGGAGCACUACCACUUCCGCAGGGCGCUCCUCCUCUUCAGCACGCAGCUGCAGGGGCAUCAGGAGCUCAUGGAGCCCCUGAAGGGCUGGCUGCACCUCCUGGCACAGGACUGCACUGCCUUCCUGCACAUCCCAGCCCAUGACUGCCCGGCAUACGCCUCGCUCCACCGCAUCCUGACCAAAGUGCUCAAGAGGACCGGGAUCCCGCAGGUCAGCAGGCACUGCCCGGUCAAGAACAACUCCAAAGAGGCAGUGCUGCUCUGCAUGGCCACCGAGCUGUCCCUCACCAUGACAGACAGCACGGCCCUGGUGCAGAAAUCUGCUGCUGGGGUCUGUGCCUUCCCUGUCACUGUGGAAAUCGAUGGCACAAACCCAGGAAAGACAGCCUGGAGGAGCACAGGGCUCUACCUCCCCGAAGGGCACACAGCAGUGAUAACGUGCCCUUGCCUGGUGGUCGGUGCUGGUCUGAAGGUGCAGGUUGGGUGUCACACGGAUGACCUCUCUAAAGCCAAGGAGCUGAAACGGGCACCAGUGGUAAUCCGCACCUGUGAUGUUGCCUGCCAGAAACAAUCCAUUUCCUGCCUCUGGGGUGGCCUCAUUUACAUCGUAGUACCAGCAAAGAGUGUCCUGGGCAACGUGCCCAUCACGGUGGAGGGGGCAGUGAGAGCUCCUUUCUUCAAGCUUGGGGAGACCUGUGAAAGGCAGUGGGAGGCCUGUAUCCGGCACUACCCUGCUCCCUGGGCAGAGCUGGCUGUUGAGAACCUCAUCCUGACGGUGCCUUCUGACAGCAUCCGCUACAUGGAGAACCCGCAGCCGCUGCUGACCCUGUGGGACGAGAUCAUGGUGGCAAUAAGCAGGCUGGCAGCCGUGCCAGCAAAAUUCCCUAGGCCAGAGAGGAUUGUAACAGAUGUCCAGAUCUCAUGUGGCUGGAUGCAUGCUGGCUACCCCAUCAUGGGCCACCUGGAGUCAGUGAAGGAGAUGUUAGACGUGAAGCACAUGCAAACUACUGGUCUUUGGGGUCCCAUCCAUGAGCUGGGACACAAUCAACAGCAGCAGGCAUGGGAAUUUCCCCCUCACACCACAGAGGCCACGUGCAACCUCUGGUCUGUCUAUGUUCAUGAGGAGGUGCUGGGCAUUCCCAGGCAUCAGGCCCAUCAGGCACUCAGGCCACAGUGCCGGAAGGAAAGGAUAAAAGACUAUCUGAAGAAAGGUGCUCAGCUAAAGGACUGGAACGUGUGGACUGCUCUGGAGACAUACCUGCAGCUGCAGGAAGGGUUUGGUUGGGACCCCUUCACCCACCUCUUCUCUGACUACCAGAAAAUGUCCACGAUCCCAAAAGACAACACUUCUAAGAUGAACUUGUGGGCACAGAAGUUUUCUCAGCAGGUGAAUAAGAAUUUGGCUCCAUUCUUUACAGCCUGGGGAUGGCCUAUCAAGAAAGACCUGUCUGUGGAACUGUCCUCACUACCCAGUUGGGAACAGGAUCCAAUGAGAUCCUAUAGACCAUAAAGGAAAACUACCUAAAUCCUGGUUCUUAUACUAGCUAUGGCCUAUCAUCUUUUUCUCCUUGUGUGCUACAUGAUAGCUCACUAUGAGCUUGGAUUUAUGCUGGAUUCUUCAGGUUCUUGCUGCCAGUGGAGGCCAGCCCCAAUAGAAUUUCAACUGGGAUCAGCAGAUCAGCAACGACCUAAGCUGUCUUCUGAAGGGUUAAAUAAUCAGGGAGCUUUGUUCCAGGUGCUUCUCAGGAAGAAUGUAAUUCUGAGAUUUAGUUCCUACAGAACCUUUCUCUGAUGAAAUGGAAGUUUCUGGGUGGAGCAGUCUCUGGGCCAGUUUCAAGGACUUUACCAUGGGAAUAGAGAUCUUUAAAGCAAAUAGUAGCCUUCACAACAUUGUAUUCUUAAGUUAUAAUCUCAGUAACAUGAGAUUUUCAUAAUUAUUUUUUUACCCUAAAAUCCCUAAUUUUUAACUCCUCUUAUUGUGCAGAACUUCACAGCAGCUCUUGUGAAAGUGGCCUUACAAUGCUUAUUUACAGACUAUAUAAUGCAUAGUUGAUACUGAAAUGCUGUAGAUUUCUUCCUGCAUUCUAUGGCUGUGUGACCCAGCAUCCAUCUUUAUGUGAGUAAGUCAAUUAUAAGUUUCAUCUGGUUUCUUUCAACCAUGGCCUGACAGCAAGAUACAUGCCAAUGAAGAUGAGAGAGUGGAAACAGGGAGGUGACUUGAUUGUAGUCAGUAAUGGUUUAGCUCAUGGACUCAUCAAAGGUUAAAAUACAAGCACUGACCUGACAGCCUGAGGGAGCAGAGAGAAGGAAGACAACAGUUCAUCAGGACAGAGGGCCAGCCUUUUCCAGGUGCAACAAAAGUUCAUGUUACUCCCAGCUCUUUCAUGAUUGCUCAGCUAUUAUGGAUUUUGGCAAGCAUGUUAGUGAGCCUAAGAGCUCACUAGUCCCAGCCUAUUCCUUAUGUAUCAGUAAUAAAUAAAAAAAAAAAGAAUCACUGUAGACUCACAGGUUUUCUGUGGUCGUAUUUUCAUGUCUCCGUGUCCAGCAGAAAAAGGCCUAAAUAGAAAUGACCUAAAUAGAAGUGACCUUGGUGGUAAAGUUGUUCAAAGUUGAAAAAAACCACCAUGGAAGUCUCUAAUCUGUGGUGUGGCCUCAUAUAUGUCACAGUGCCAAAGAAGGGCACAUUAGGCCAAAUAUCAGUCACAAUUAAAGAGGCUGUGCAGCCUCCAUUCUUCAGGCUUGGUAAGUGGUCCCAAAACCAAGCUGUAGUAAAGAGGCAUUUCUGCAUUUAUGGCUUACCCAUAUUUUCCUGCUUUUCUGGGUUUUUCUUCUUUUUGUGGUCAUGUGUGUAGAAAAUGUCAAAAUAUGUAUUGUCCCAGGAAAAUCUUUGCAUUAAGCUUUGCAUUUCUUAGCCCAGAAAGUAUAUUGAUAAGACCUUCAAUUAGACACCUUUAACAUGGCUUGAUAUUAAAAACUGAAUAUCAUCAGCUUUCAGUAGCAGUAGACAUGGGGUCACCAAAGAUGAUUGAAGCCCUUGCCAACAUCCUAGGAUCUCCCUGUGAUUCAGUAAAGCACAGUGACAUCCAGAUUAUUGUUUAGAUCCAAUUUAUUGUUUCUGAGGCGAUGCAAAGGGGUUUACCUGUGGUGAUUGUCCUCUUUCUUCACAUUUAAAAAUUCUUUUAAAAUUUGCUGCCUUUUUUCACCUGAAUGCUGGAUUAGGGGGAACUGAAAUCUCUGCCUGGUUCUGAACCAUCUGUCAGUAGCAGCCCCCUGGGCUGAGCUAGGGCCACUAGAACAUCCUGCUGACAGUACCAGCUGCUGAUGUACACCACAUGGGCAGCCCAGAGAGUCUGCUUCCCAUCUGCAUCAAGAUGGUGAAUGCAAUUGCCAGGCCAGCAGCCAUUCCAGCAACAUUUUCCAAGGCCAGAAAGGAUGGUGGCAGAUGUCCAGAUAUCACAUGGCAAGUAUAAUAAUUAGGACAUUUUGUCUGUAUCUGUGAUGGACAUUUGUAAGGGAAAUACGCAAGAUCCUCAAAUUAGCAGAUCAAUUCCACCAUAUCCAAGAAGACUGCUGGAGGGAGUAAGAAUCUUCUGUGAAUGUCAAGA